CUGUCUCUCUGCGUGUGUUGGCUAAAUGUUUAUUUGUGUCACACCACGGGGAAGGGGGGCGGGGGCUAGUUAUUAUAGCCAACUUCACGAGUCAGCGUCACUACAAACCGUCCAUUUGCCAGCGGACCCGCACAGAGUAAGCACCCAGUCACGCACUCGCCUCGCCUAAAAAUAUAACAAAUUUUAAGAAAAUAAGGCGUGCGCUGGCCUCCUCCUCCUCCGCAACUAGCUAAAAAUAUUAAAUAUUAAUGUCGCAUCUCACGGAAAACUUUGCUCGUCCGGAAAAGCCGGAAGAGGUUGUCACCUACGGCAGUCUGGAUCCUUCUGUUCAGGAACUAUUAAGGGCCGCCUUUGCCGUGCGUCAACGCGCAUAUGUCCCGUAUAGUGGGUUCAAAGUAGGCUCUGCCUUUCGGGCCAAGCUCACCGGGCAGAUCUUCACCGGCUGCAAUGUGGAGAACGCCGCCUUUACGCCCUGCUCCUGUGCCGAGCGAACGGCUCUGACGAAAGCCGUGAGCGAGGGAGCCACUGAGUUUUCCGUUGGCGCUGUCCUGGCCUAUGAACCGGACGUGUUUACCACUCCCUGCGGUGUGUGCCGCCAGUUUAUCCGGGAGUUUGCCACUGACGAUAUACCUAUCUAUAUUGCCCAGGCCAUUGAUGCGAGGAUUGGUGACGCCGCAGGCGAGGAGCCGCUGCAGAACGACGAUCCCGUUCUGUGCACCUCCAUUUUUAAUUUGUUGCCGAGCAGUUUUCGCACGUACCGGAAGUAAAUGCAGGCUAAUUUUAAUCGAGGAGGUGGGGGAAAGCCAAGGGAGCUAGGUUCAAGGUUGCCUCAACGCAGCCCCUUGCCAAUAGUAAUCUACAAUGUUAAUCUAAUCUCUGGAAAUAAAGAAAAUUACACUACACU